UAGUCGUUGACGCAAUCGUUGGUUUCUCCUGUUCUACUUGAAAAUCGAAACCAGCUUACCUGUGAUGGUUAUGCCGCCCCGCCGUUCAACUUAUCCCACAAUGUUGUCCAUAACUUCUCUUCCCGUCGAGCUCCUCGAGUACAUCCUCGUAACCUGUGGUUGCCUCGGCGAACCAUCAUCUAUCGCAAAUCUCUCCCGUACAUGCCGUUUCUUCAGAGACACCGUCUAUCACACCUCGGAUAGUCAUUUGUGGAGGGAGAUUUACUUGUCGACGUUCGAUGACCCACGGCCGGUGCUCAGGACCAUUAGACAACUCGAGGAUUCAGAUGAUGAUAUUACCUUUGACUGGAAGAAAGCGUACCAGGAUCGGAUUCACGCUAGGAGGUUGUUCAGGAGAAAGGGAAAGAUGAAUUUGGGUUUGGAGCCUGUAUAUUUGAAGCAAAGUAUCGACGCUCUGUUGUCGGACAUUGCAACAGCUUCAUUACAUCCAUCUACUUUCGGAGAAUUCAGCAUCGACCCACCAGCGGUAAUCGCCAAACGACGGAAUACGUGCAUACCCUCUCACCUCAAAACCGAUUCUGACUCGUCCAACAUCUCGUGGGUGUCCAACUUGGUCGUAGAUGGAUUCCCUGAAGCCCUUGUUCACCGCCUAAUCGGGCGUUCUCCUACCGAGAAGGACUCCAAUUCCUACAUUCCGUUAUACGAGAAGAUAAUCCUAGAUGAGAAUUGGGAGUAUACCGAGGCAGGGAGGACUUUUUAUCGUCUACUUCUCCAGACAGGUUUUCAACCCAUGGUGACCUCAGCCGAUAACGCCGAAGACCCUGGUUCUCCGUACAACCUCCGGAGUUCUUCAAAGAAGAAAGUGCGCGAAGAACCUCUCUCAGAAACAGCUCAACGUUCGUUUGCGCGUACCAUCGCGCGAAAUAGGGUUUAUAAUCUACGGUACCUUUCUGAACGCAAAUGCUGGGGUCCAUACCUUUCUCUAACAACGCCUCGACAACGGGCUAAUACAGCGUCAUAUCAAAAUGACUCCGAUCCAGGAAGUCCUAACGAAAACAAUAUACCCGAAACGGGUGACAUCUCACUCCCAUUCAUCCAUGCCGUCCUUAGCGACUUCAACAUCGUACUCGAGAAUCACUCACUCUUCGAAGAGAUGUUGGAUCCGGUCGAAGGGGAUGACGGUGAUUUUGUCCCAUCUCAGAAUGGGGCAGAGGACGAUUCUGGGGAAGAAUCCGAUUCGGAGUUUGUUGUCAAAACCCAGGAACACGAGGCCGAACAUAGCGAUGGAGAUUUCGACAGUAAUGAGGAGGAGGAGGAAGAGGAAGAGGAAGGGAUGUCUUCUCCUAUCCUGGCAACAUUCCAUGUCGAUCCUGGAGAACCAAAUGGAUCAACGGCGACUCCACUUCCUGUUCCCGUUUUUCCUUCACAACCGCAUCUCUUGAAACCAGACUAUGUUUUUCUUUCGGCUGCACGGAUGGUCGUUGAGGAGAACUUGAGGGAUAGGUAUGGCCACAAGGUUGACUCCCAAGAGGGACUUUGGCCCUGGUUUACGAGUAUAGAAGCUCUAGAUUCUACUCGGGUGAUUUUGGAACGAGCUCGAAGUUUGGACGGGUUGAGGAUGGGAGGUGCACCUGGGUUUUGGACUGGCGAUGGGGUUGCUAGUGAGAGGGGUUGGUUUAGGAAAGAGUUCAAAGAUGAGGAGGAUGGGACUAGGCCUAAGGCAAAGGCAAAGGCAAAGGCAAAGUCCGAGUCGGCAACGACAACUACGGUGGAUGGUGAUGAGGAAUGUGAAGGUUGGGAUUGGGCUGGGGCGCAAGGCAAAUGGAUGCGAGCAGUCGCAUGGAUGGAUUAUCGAGACCUUUUAUUCCAUAACGUUCGUGCCCUUCGAACGCCUAACCCUCUUACUACUGGAUCUAGAUCGAACGAGUCAGAUAUACGAGAAACAAUACGUGUAUUCCCUAUGAAUAUCAAAGUAACCGGAUAUUCUCGAGUACCACCACCGAGAUCCCUUUCGGAACCUGGGCCCUCGACUCCGACUUCAACUCCAGUUUCAGCUUCGCGCACAUCUUCUCGAUCUUCGAAAGACCCGAAAGGAAAAGGAAAGGCAAGAGAGGAAGAUUUAGUCGAUGAUUCGUCGGAUGUACCGUCCUCGAACGAUCACUACGAUCCGUUGGUCUAUACACUCCCUAUCAUACACAUCUUUGGUGAAUAUCGUGGUUCUGAUGUGGACGAGAACGCUCGUCGAGUGUGUAGAGGAACGGUUAGGAUGAUUGGGGAUAGAGCGGUUAGGUGGACUUUGGUUAGUCUCAAGCAAUAACGAGUGACGUCUCAACACCAGAUCAAGAUGAAUGGGUAAUGGAAGGAGUACAGGUGGGAGGGAUCGGAUCUAUGUUGGGCGUCGUUGGGAUGUGGACAGGAGCGGGGCAUGAGAGAGGAGAUCCUAUUGGGCCGAGCUGGGCGUGGAAAAUGGAAUGAGAACAUUGUAUAAAACUUACUUACGUUUGUGCGGGAUCUGUAAUAUUAUCUGUGCCGAUACUCGCAGAUAUUUUUAUGCCCACACCUCUGAACGUGCGGUCUUAACCCGGCGGCUUUGAAUG